GUGAUAGCGGGGAUGGCUUCAGCAGCCCCGGCAAUUCUUUGCCCACCUCCCAGGCAAGGCUUCUCGGCUGUCUCUUAUGGCUGAAAUAACCGCGCAGACGAGCCGUCAGAUCAGACGGAGAGCUAACCUGGUGUGUAUACGAUGCCACCAGAAGAAGGUAAAUUCACCGCUGAGCUGAUCCAUGCGAGCGCAACGGGUGUAUGAGCACGGGUGACCGGUAUCAGAUCAAGUGCGACCUCAGCUCGCUCACAACCGACCGCCAAUGCAGCAAUUGUCGAGCGACCAACUCAAGUUGCUAUGCUCGACAAUCCCGACGCCGGGGUGCUCCCCAUCGUCUGAGUACUAGCUCUACCGGCCUUCCGCCUUCGAGUGUUGAAAGCCCUGUUAUAGCCACCCCAUUAGAUCGAUCCAGCUAUACCCCGGCCAACCCACCCGAGAGUGCGAUCAAAGACAAUGACACAGGACAGAUCAAAGCAGGACAGCAUCUCGCGAGGACGCCGAGGCAUGAUGCUGAUGAGCGGUGCGACACGAUACACACGAGCUCCAGGCUAGCUGCGUUGUCCGAAGGACACCAAGGGCAUCGCGAACGAGCCUAUUUGGGACAGUCUGGGUUCAUGUCCAUGUUCGACCAUCCAUCCCGAGACGACUCUGAUCAGGGCAUCAGCCCGUUGAUAACACCGAACCAGCCAAUUCCUGAGUUGUCUCUCAUUCUACGACAGAGCUAUGCUGAGACCUUCGUGGAAUACUGUUACCCCUGGUGUCCGGUCGUGUACCGUGACGACCUUCUGGACGAUCGGUCCCCCUUUGCACGGUCCCUGCUCCUGCAACAAGCCAUCGGGCUUUUAGGGACAACAAUCAACCCCCCUAGACUUUCCCAUCAGGCCCGUCGCGUCCAUUAUGAGAGGUUCAAAGUCCUGUUUCACUCCAACAUGGAGCGAAACCCGUUGGUGAGGAUCGUCGCAAUCAUCCUCAUCUACUGGUGGAGCGCUGGCCCUCCUAGUGUGGUCAGCAUGGAUAGCCAAUACUGGUGGACAUCGAUCGCGAUCCGGCUUGCCCAGGAGAUUGGUCUCCAUCGCGAGGCAACUCCCGGGCAGACACUGCGACUAGGUGAAACAGCAACCUUGAGACGUUGCAUAUGGUGGACAUUAUUUGUAAGUACUCGAUGCCCCGGUCCCUGGCGGUGCUAACCCCCUCGUGGGCGAGAGAACGCUUGACGUCAGUGUGUCAAGGACGCCCAUGCAUCAUCCAUCCCGAAGACACCAACGUCAGGCUUCCGAGUCUGGACGAGUUCCCUCGUGACCGG